AUGCUCAAUGAGCAAAUUGUUCGACUCCUUUCGCUGAUGCACAUUCAUCCGCCGUCGGCGAAUAACGCCACAGCCAGUAACAGUGUACUCAAGAAGCUGAAGUUCGGAAAGAAGAAGAGCACUCCGAAGUUCGGAAACCUUCCAGAAUCAGUAUGGGAUAACAUCCUGGAUAACCUGUCUCCAUUUGAACGGGUUAAAAUGCGACGCGUCAACCAGAAGCUCAAAAAUGUCGUUGACAAACGUAGAAAACGAGUGCUCUACGCCGACUUCCUCCGCACUGACGUUGACACUAUCCUUCCGGCGGAAAGCUCCGGUGAUGGAGAGUUCUUCCGUCUUCCGAAAAGUUCUCGUAUCGUUGUACACGAAGAGGCACGUAGCGUUCUCAUUAUUGUGGAUACCCAUUGGACCAUCAGUGACGCCGUUAAGAUGAUGGCUGCUAUCCGUUACUACGGUAUUAAUGCACACACUGUCACGCUGGACGCUUCCCUUGCUGAGCUCUGUGUUGCUGCUCAGUCAACUAACGAUAUCGCUUUCUGGUUUGCAUUCCAGUCAGCCAGUGGAACUUCAGAUCCAGUUUGUCAAUCGUCAAAGUCUCCAAGUUGGGUUCCUGAUGAUUUUCGUGUGAGAAGUGUGCAAUCAUAUGAACAAGACCAGUUGUCUGCAUACUCUCAAUGGGCUCCAAGGACUCAAAUCAUUCCAGUUGGACCACUUUUCCCAAAGGCAACAGAGGUUACAAUCCGUGCGUCAGUUCCACAACUUCGUCGUCUCCGCCGUUUCCCAAUCUACCGUAGUCCUCUCCAUCGGUCGUUUGUUGAAUUCAACAAUCUUCAUAUACUUCGUCUUGUUGUCUCUACUAACACAUCUUCUGGACGUCGUGGCCGUCAAGUAGCACAAUCUCUCAAAUUGGCCCCUUUCUUGAAAUGGGCAAAUGCACAAAGACUCGCUCACCGUUUUUCUGUACAGUUUGUAUAA